AUGAAUCCCCAUGAAGCGUGGACACCAUAUAAGGAUACAAAAUUUUGUUUUGUACCAACCUGCAAAAACAGUUCUAGAAAUACUCAGAAGACAUUUUUUGGGGUACCAAAAUCAACGAAACAGGAGUGGUGCGAAGCAGUGGGUAUUGAAUGCCCCAAACGUUUUCUAUACAUAUGUGAAGAUCAUCUCAAUUUGAAGGAAGAUGUGGAAAACUACUUGUUUUGGAAAACAGUGCAAGGACGUCCUAAAUUAAAGUCUCGGUUACCACAGUCUCUUGUCAAAACUCCCUCACAAGAUCUCACUUCAAUGAAUGAACCUAAGCCUAGCACGUCAUCAUCAGCAUCAUUAAUGGAAGUAGAUGUAGUAGCUGCAACUACUAAAGCUCAUAAAGGAGUGCAAGUAAAGCCAAAAACUGCAGAUCGCACAACUUAUUGCAAAGUUUAUAAAAAGCAUUCACAGAUACUCUUGCUAGAAGAAGAAGAAACCACAGCUAUGGAAGAAGCAUUACCUUCAACACAAGGAAGUACCACAGAAAGUAUCACAUCUGCUGACAUAUCGGAAAUCUCCUCUGAAAUUAAUGUUCCAGCACCAAACCCAAACAAAAGCUUCAUGUUUAGUGUUAUCAAAAAUAAACCACACAGUUACAUUGGUUUACCAAAGACCUACUAUUGGCUGAUUGAAUAUUUACAAAUUAAUCUUAAAGUAAAAUCAUCACACAUUAUAAUAACAUUAUAUAAAAUUAGAAAUAAUACCCCUUUCUAUCAGAUUUCUGAUAUGUUUGAGGUGUCAUUAACAACGUUAUGGAGGAUAUUUUUUAGGACAUUGUAUUUAUUAUCCAAAUUCUUUAAACAACUUAUUUUUAUUCCAAGUAAAUAUGAUGUAAAAAGAAAUUUGCCAUCCUCUUUCAAAACAAACAAGGAGUACUCAAAUGUGUUUUGCAUAAUCGAUUGUUUUGAAAUAGAGAUAGAAAAACCAUCUAAUCCUAUAAAUCAGUCCCUAACAUGGUCACAGUACAAAAAUGCGAAUACACUUAAGUACCUGAUCGCUUCAACUCCUGAUGGUUUCAUUAACUUUGUAUCUGCUGGAUAUGGUGGUCGUAUAUCUGAUACUAAUAUAGUAGAAAGCUGUGGUUUCCUAGACAUACUACCACUUAACUGUACUGUAUUGGCAGACAGAGGCUUUAAACAUAUAGAUACCCUAUUAAGCAGGAAACAAAUUAAACUUCUUCGGCCACCCAGUGUGUCAAAGGAUAUGAAAUUAUCAAAACAAGAAGCUAUCAAAAGUAAAGUCAUCGCUAGUCUACGGAUACAUGUGGAAAGGGUAAUAAGAAGAGUGAGGUUAUUUAAGUUUUUGAAACCACAUUCAGUGAUAAAUAAUAAGUUGAUCCAACAUACAGAUGAAGUGGUUAUAGUAGCAUGUGGUUUAAUAAAUUUACAGAGUUCUAUUGUAAACAAUAAA